AUGAGUUACUUCCUGUCUUACUGCAAAGCUCACGGCGGCGCGCUGCUCACCGGCUACCAGGCCCUGCGCGCCGAGGGCUUCCUGUGCGACGUGACUUUGGAGGCCCAGGGCAGCGAGUUCCCGGUGCACCGGUCUCUCCUCGCGUGUUCCAGCGACUACUUCAGGGCCCUGUUCAAGAGCCACACCCUGGAGUCCCGGGCACGCGUGAUUCACCUGCACGUGCCCUCGGCCACGGGCCUGCAGCGCCUGCUGGACUUCAUCUACACCGCCUGGCUGCCGCUCUCCAUGGACACCGUGGAGGACACGCUGGAGGCCGCCAGCUACCUGCAGGUCACCGAGGCCCUGGGGCUGUGCGGCCGCUACUUGGAGCGCCUGCUGGCUCCGGAGAACUGCUGCUUCGCCGCCAACGUGGCGGCGCGUUUCGGCCUGGUGCACACGCUGGACGCGGCCGAGCGCUACAUCGUGCGCCACCUGCGGCAGCUGUUGGCGCGGGGAGCGGGCCCCGUGGGUCUGCUGGAGCUCAACCCCGGGUCGCUGAGGGCCGUGCUGGGGGCCCCCGACCUGGCGCGGGUGCCGGAGGCCCGGCUGCUGGGCCUGGCGCUGGCCUGGCUGCGACAGGAGCCCCAGGCCGAGCGCCUGGCCCACUGCGCCGCGCUGCUGGAGCGCGUCCGCUUCGGCCUGGUCCCCGUGGACGUGCUGCGGCCCGUGUACUCGGGCUCCGGCCUCGUGCUGCCCGCUCGAGUCAAAGGCCUCAUCAUCCAGGCCCUCAACUACCAUACGGCGCCCUCCCGCCAACCACUCUUGCAGGGCGAACAGACCAGCGUCCGGAGUCCGCAGACCCGCAUCUUACUGGUCGGGGGGCGCAGGGCGCGGGAGGCGGUGACUGAAGAGGUCAUGGUCCCCCAAGGGGCAGCCAGGGGUAGGGGCGCCGCAGUGGAGCCGGAGGAGGAGGAGGAGGAAGAGGAACAGGUAGAGGAGGCAGAGGAAGAGAAUGAGGAGUGGGAGCUCACCCAGGACGUGGUGGCCUUCGAUGUGUACAACCACAGCUGGCGCAGCCUCACGCAGCUCCCGGCACCGCUCCUGGGGCACAGCGUGUGCGCCGUUGGGAACUUCCUGUUCGUCCUGGGCGGGGAGAGCCCUUCCGGCGGAGGUGCCUCCUCUCCCCAGGCCGAUGGCCCGCGGGAGGUCACGGCCCUAGUGCACCGUUACGACCCGCGCUUCCACGCUUGGACGGGGGUGCCCGCUAUGCAGGAAGCGCGGGCCCACUUCUGGUGCGGCGCCGUGGGCGAGGGGCUGCUGGCCGUCGGGGGCCUGGGCGCAGGCGGCGAGGCGCUGGCCUCGGUGGAGAUGUACGACUUGCGCCGGGACCGCUGGACCGAGGCUGGGGCGCUGCCGCGGGCCCUGCACGGUCACGCGGGGGCCGUCGGGGACCGCGGCAUCGUGUACAUCUCCGGGGGCAAGGCAGGGAGGGGCGAGGGCGGCACGAGCAGUUUGAGGGAUGUGUACUCCCUGGGUCCCGGGGACCGGGCCUGGAGCCGGAGGGCGCCUAUGGGCACGGCCCGCUUUGGGCAUCACAUGGCUGCCCUUCGGGGCGCGGUCUUUGCCUUUCUGGGGCACUACGAGCCCUUCUCGGAGAUUGAGCGCUACGACCCAGGCACUGACCAGUGGACUCGGCUGCGGCCGCUGCCCUACGACCGCUUCUGCUAUGGGCUGGCGGUGGUGGAGGAGACGGCGCUGCUGCUGGGCGGCGUCAAGUGGCGGGACUCGCGCCAGGUGCCGACCCGCAACGUGGUGGGCUAUGACCUCGACCUGGACCGCUGGGAGGACAUCGACUGCGCGCUGCCUUGGGCCUGGAGCGGCCUGCAGUGCGCGGUGCUGCAGCUGCCCGAGGGUGCUGACGAGGAGCGGGAGGGCGAGCCUGGAGAGGCUCCGGAUUUAGUGUUGGGCUUAAGGGGUUAG